AUGGAAAUACACAAAUUGGCGGAAGGAGAACCAAAUUUUUUUUAUGGUACUCAGGCUUGUCUGCAGAUGUACGACGAUGGUUAUUGGGACGACCAGGAUUGCGAUAAAAAGAAUGAUGCAUUUGUGUGCAGAAGGUCGAUCUGA